GGUAUGCUGAAAUGCUUGAACGUAUUUUCGAUUAUUUUUACUUAAAAAUAGUCAUCGAUUAUCAGUUUAUUUGAUAAUCGCUGCAUCAUAACGGUUCUUCUAAAAAGUGUUGGGCACAAGUGCUAGUGUGCGUAAUAUUUCUAACUUCAUGAGCAUAUGUACAUAUAUGUUCUUGUCCACGGACUCAAAUGUGUUAAUAGUGUGUGUAUUUGCCCGCCAUUGGACUAAAAAUCCGUUUACUGAUUCUAUUUAUUUGGUGAAAGAACAUUUUUGAGGGCUGUGGUUUGCUACUAUUUUUUUUAAAUUGGAAGUUGCGGUUGACGUAAAGUUGCAAAGAAAAAGAUGUAUUCCCUCGUGCGGAUUGCAGAAAGUAUGCAGAUUCUGGAGUCCAAGAAGUUACAGUGGAAAGGACGCUACACAGCUCUCUACAGAGAGAAAGGCACUCAGGCGUUGGCUUUCGUAAUAGCCAAAAGCGAUUAUCGAAAUGUUUUGAUUAAACGGGAAAAAAUUGAACUAAAUUUAAAAUCGUGUGACGUCAAUGUACAAAAUUCGUCGCAAAAUUCCAUUAUGGAGGAUAACUCUGCUAUUGAUUGUAAAUCGUCACAGUUUGCAUCGCCAACGUCCAUUUUAAAUGACACCCUUGUCAUUGGAAACAGUAUUUUACAAAAUUCAUCGCCAACUUCUAUAGUGGGGGACACCCCACCUAUUAAAAAUAAAUCGUCUCAAAUUUUAUCGCCUAAUUCCGUUUUGGAAACCACCUACGCCACCGAGCAAAAAACGUCACAAAAUACUUCUGCAGAGGUCACAUUUGUUUUUGAACCGAAAUCGUCGCAAAUUUCAUCGCCAAAUUCUAUUUUGAACGACACCCCUGCAUUUGAGCAUGAAUCGUCGCUAAUUUCAUCAGGAAAUUCCAUGUCGGAGAACACCCCUGCCAUGUACUCUAAAUACCACAAAAAAUCUAAUAACAACAAAAAAAUAAAAAAAGAAAUGCAAGAAUCUACCGAAGUUGCAAUAAAAAACUUAUCCAAUAAGGUUCCGGAAUUACUUCCAUAUUUUUCUCCUGACUCAAACGAAAAUAUCCCAAAUUCAAGGAACGAAAACUCUACUUUUGUUAUUCCAAACCAGCAAAAUAGUAUAAAUGAAACAACUUUAGCAUCUAUCAUCAUGUCUGGGGCAAAAGAUUCCAUUGAGGAUCCGACUGUUUUAGAAUCGACGUCGUCUGAAUACGUAGCAGAAAUUUCAAUUCAAACAACAUCAAACUCAAUUCAGACCUCUUUAAAAGAUAAGUCGCCUGUUAUUAAGGACAAUUUAAAUAUUAAUACCAUAACUGUUCCACAUUCAAAUCAAAGAAAAAAGCAUUUCUGUUUGUUUUCAAGCUGGAACAAGGAUUUACAAUGGUACCAACAUCCACAGGUAGCAAUUUCACUUUCAUCACUCCUUAAGAAAUGUGCAAAGAAACAAAGAUCAGAAUGGAUUAAAGUUCAAUUAGAAGUAGAUAAAAAAAAUGUAGAUGACUUCCUUUUUUUGUGGGAAGAAGCUCCAACAACAAUCCACAAAAGAGCAUUAGAAGACCAAGCCAAUAUUAAACGGGAUAAAAAGGUGAUAUUGCCGAAAAAAACAGAUAUAAAAAAGUUGUACACGUUUUUAAGAAACAUAAUAAAAGUCCAAUUGGAUACAUUAAAGGAGAAAUUUUCAUUGGAAUCGUGGAUAGAGUUGGUAAAGGCCUCUCUCACCCUUAUACAAACAUUUAAUAGACGACGGGCCGGUGAAACCGAAAGACUAAAAAUUUCUAAUUAUAGAAACAGACAGUCAGUAACGCACAACAUGGAACAUGAUUUGUUAAAAACUAUUUCUAAGGAAGCCUUAAGACAUACUAAAAAAUAUGUCAGGAUAGAAUUAAGAGGCAAACUAUCGCGCACGGUUCCAAUUUUGUUGGACUCAUUAUGCGUAGAGGCUCUAGACACUAUAUUAAAACUUCGGUCAAAGGCUGGUGUAAAUGAGAGUGAAAACAAAUAUGUGUUUAGUAAUCCUUCUGCUUCUAAAACAUCUAAAAAAUAUUUUAGAGCUUGUGCGCUUUUAAAAAAUUAUGCUGAGCAGUGUGGAGCCGAUGUUCCGGAGAGCUUAAGAGGCACAAAACUUCGGAAACAUAUUGCUACAUACAUGUCUGUUAUAAACGCAGAGGAUGCAUCUGUGGAUAAACUUGCAAAUUUCAUGGGCCAUCAUAAAGAUGUCCACAAAACCCAUUAUCGUCAGCAAGUGCCAGCUGCAGAAAUAUACUGUGUUUCCAAAAUUCUUAUGGCUGCUAUGGGCGAUACAAUUGAUAAUGGCGUAGGACUUAUCGAUGGUGUUAAUAGAUAUUUUAGCAACGAUAUUGGCGAUGAUGUUGGGAACGUUGAAUGCAAAGAACCCGAAGAACGUUCGGAAUCUGCCGAAGAACAUCCCAUCGAUAACGUUGAAAGAGGUGGGAGCGAGAGAGAAGUCGAAGAACGUUGGGAAUCUGGGGAAGAACAUCACAUCCAGUCAGACGAAAAAAAAAUCGUCUUUUCAGAUGCAGAAUCUAGUGGAGAGGAUUAUGAGCCAAAGAAAAAAAGGAGAAGUACUUCACCUUAUGGCAAGACCAAAAGGCGUAGGUGGACUGUAAGCGAAAAAGAUGCUGUAUUUUCCCAAUUUGGCGACAUUUUGCUGCUGGAAAAAUUACCAAGCACAAGCGAAUGUUUAUACGCAGUAAGAAAGUAUCCAUCACUUCAAGAGAGAACACCACAGCAGCUCAAAGCUUACAUUUCAAACUGCAGAAAAGUAGACAAAGAGGGUAAAUGUACUGAAAAAAUAAGAAAAUCAAAAUUAAAGGAAAUAUCGGCUCGUAGACCAUAG